AAUCAAAAUUUGACAAGUGCUGAUAACAUGAUGAUUAAUUUUAUCAAUAGAACGUAAAUAAAACUAAAUUUUUAACAUUUCUAUCGAUCAAGUGGUGUAAAAGUUAUUGCAGCUUAAAAUGGAGGAUAUGGCGCGACUGGCUCUGGUCGAGCAGAAUGUACGAGACAUGGAAACGUUUAGUAAAAUACUGUACGAACUGUUGCGCUACAUCAACCAUAUUUUGGACAAUCCCCAUGACUACGAACUGAGAACAAUAAGAAAUGAAGACCUGAAGAAGUUUUUGCGGUACGAAGCCUUCGUAGAUUAUUUGAAAUCGAUUGGCUUUCAAUCGAUAGAAAAUGAGUUAACUUAUCCGAAGGAGCAUACUCUGAGCAAUCUGAGAAUGGCUCAAGCGGCGAUUGAAAGGAAGAUCUACUUCUGCUAUGGAGUUGUAGACCGCACUGAGAGUAUGGUCAAGUCUCUCACUAAAUUACAGGCUAAACAAAUUAAACUGACUCCGGCUAGAUUACUGAACACAAACAACCCAAUCCUUCUGAAAUUGGAAGCGUUGUUCAAUGAUGUGCUACAGUACGAGAGCUUGGAGCUGCAAGCACUGGCUCGGGAACAGCUGCCUCUCGUCACGCUGCAGCUGAUGGCGCUUGAUGAGAUGCGAGAACACCAGCGGAAGAUCAAGACCGGUGAGAUAAAAGGCCAUGACAUGCCAUUCGACAUAGCCCUGUUGAAGGUGUUGUUGUCAUGGUUCAAGCACCGCUUCUUCUCGUGGGUGGACGCGCCUGACUGCGACGCGUGCGGCGCGCACACUGCGCAUGUGCGCAACUCCACUAUCACCACUGACUCCGAGACGUGUCGCGUUGAGAUAUACAAAUGCUCAGAGUGCGGGUCGAGUGUAGAGUUCCCGCGAUACAACAACGUGCGCACGUUGUUGCGCACGCGCCGCGGCCGCUGCGGCGAGUGGGCCAACUGCUUCGCGCUGUUUUGCCGCGCGCUCGGCUACGACACGAGAAUGGUGCUGUCUACCACCGACCACGUAUGGUGUGAGAUAUGGGACUAUGACAGCAACACGUGGUUGCACGCGGACCCUUGCGAGUGUUUGCUGGACGCGCCACUGACGUACGAAAUAGGCUGGGGCAAGAAGCUGACAUAUGUACUAGCCUGCUCGAGAGAUGACGUCCAGGACGUCACCUGGCGGUAUACCACGCAUCACAAGGAGGUGGUAAAAAGGAGACAACAAAUCGGCGAAGAGGAGUUGAUGUCUGCCAUACUGUCGCUCCGAGCGCAUAGACAGCGGCAGGUGUCGGAACCGCGCCGCCGCUACCUCGCCAAGCGCUGCCUCGAGGAGCUUGCGCAGUUCCUAACUGAGAGUUGGGCGGUCUCCAGGAAGCCAGGCUCGUGGGAGGUGCACGGGCGCAUCUCGGGCUCGGCGGCGUGGCGCACUCAGCGCGGCGAGAUGCGAGCGCGCGGCCAUGUGUUCACUUUCAGCUCGCCCGGGGACAAGCGGAUCACCUACUGCGCCGUCACUGACAGGUACGAAGUAGAAGGCGGGGAUGAAAAGGAGAUUGUGGGCUGGGCAGCGGGGGCGUACAGCGCGCAACACAUGUUCAGGAUGGUGGAGAAAGACUGGAAGAUGGUCUACUUGGCCAGGGAAGAGGGCUCGGAGCUGGGGGUGAUAUCGUGGGUGGUGGAGGCGGGCGGCGGCUGCUGCUGCUCGCGGCUGGCCGUGCGGGCCGCCGCCGCCUGCUGGCACGACGCCCACGUGAGCUGGACGCUGCAGCUGGACCAAGACCAACCCGCGCCCGUCGACUUCUCUGAGUCGUGGACCGAAGUGUGCGGGCGCUUCGUGCGCGCGGUGAUCACAGCCCGGCUGCGCGGCGGCCGCGGCGGCGCCGCCUGGCAGCACGCGCAGCUGUUCCGCGCACCACUCGCCGCGCCGCGCGCCGCGCUGCACCUCGCGCUCACUGUGCGGCGGGACUGAGGUGCGCACACACGCACGCAUGUAAAACUAAUAAUGUGAGUCCCACAAGUAUUCAAAAUACAAAUCCAGAUACACUUUAUUGCAUCACAAAAAGAAUUACACAGGUAAGAUGCUUUACCAGGUGCAUGGCAGGCGGCCUU